UCAGGCGCUCCGCGGGGCGCUUUGUUUUGGGGUCCUUCCUCGCAGCUCCGCGCCAGUCGCGCUGCACUCGCUCAUCGGGAAUGUUGUAAUAUUUUCAGUUCCUGCAGAUUUUUUGUUCAUAUUUUAAUUUCGCUGCUCGCUGAUCAUCGAGUUUGUGUUUGUGUAGCAGCAGAGAUGAAUCUGGAGCUGCUCGAGUCGUUCGGGCAGAAUUAUCCAGAGGAGGCCGAUGGCACUCUGGACUGCAUCAGUAUGGCUCUGACCUGCACGUUUAAUCGGUGGGGGACGCUCCUCGCCGUCGGCUGCAAUGACGGACGCAUCGUCAUCUGGGACUUUCUGACGCGAGGAAUAGCCAAAAUCAUCAGCGCACACAUACACCCCGUCUGCUCACUCAGCUGGAGCAGAGACGGACACAAGCUGGUCAGCGCCUCCACAGACAACAUCGUCUCUCAGUGGGACGUCCUGACGGGAGACUGUGACCAGCGCUUCCGCUUCCCGUCGCCCAUCCUCAAGCUACAGUACCACCCCAGAGACAUGGACAAGGUGCUGGUGUGUCCCAUGAAGUCUGCGCCCGUCCUGCUCACGCUGUCCGACUCCAAACACGUGGUGCUGCCCGUCGACGACGACUCGGAUCUGAACGUGGUGGCGGCGUUCGACCGGCGCGGCGAAUACAUCUACACCGGGAACGCCAAGGGAAAGAUCCUGGUGCUCAACACCGACACGCAGGACCUGGUGGCCUCGUUCAGAGUGACGACGGGAACCAGCAACACCACCGCCAUCAAGUCCAUCGAGUUCGCACGCAAGGGCAGCUGUUUCCUCAUCAACACGGCCGACCGGAUCAUCCGCGUGUACGACGGCCGGGAGAUCCUGACCUGCGGCAGAGACGGUGAGCCGGAGCCCAUGCAGAAGCUGCAGGACCUGGUGAACAGGACGCCGUGGAAGCGCUGCUGCUUCUCGGGCGACGGCGAGUACAUCGUGGCGGGAUCGGCGCGGCAGCACGCGCUCUACAUCUGGGAGAAGAGCAUCGGGAACCUGGUGAAGAUCCUGCACGGGACGCGAGGGGAGCUGCUGCUGGACGUGGCGUGGCAUCCCGUGCGGCCCAUCAUCGCCUCCAUCUCCAGCGGUGUGGUCUCCAUAUGGGCUCAGAACCAAGUGGAGAACUGGAGCGCGUUUGCGCCGGACUUUAAAGAGCUGGACGAGAACGUGGAGUAUGAGGAGAGAGAGUCUGAGUUUGACAUCGAGGACGAGGACAAGAGUGAACCGGAACAGACAGGAGCCGACGCUGCGGAAGAUGAGGAGGUGGACGUCACGUCGGUCGACCCCAUCCAGGCUUUCUGCAGCAGGCGGGUGGUUUAUGACGGCGCGUGUGUUCGCAGUGACGAGGAGCUGGAGGACUAUAAAGCGCUGCUGUAUCUGCCCAUCGCUCCGGAGGUCGAGGACCCCGAGGAGAACCCGUUCGGCCCUCCUCCCGACGCCGCGGGUCAGAACGCCACGGCUGACGACGGCUCCGCGCACAGCGGCCCCGGGGACAAAAAACAACGGCAGCCGUCGGCGGAUGGUGGGCCGCCCAAGAAGAAGAUCCGCACCACCACCAUCGAGCUGCAGGGCGUCCCGAGCGACGAGGUUCAUCCGUUACUGGGCGUGAAGGGCGACAGUAAGUCGAAGAAGAAGGCGGCGGGGCGACCCAAGGGAUCUAAAGGUAAAGACAAAGACUCUCCGUUCAGAUCCAAAGUCUGCCGGGACAGAGCAGAGGGGCUGGGGACGCCAGGAAAUCUUGUUUCGGCGGUGUACAAGCAGCAUGAGGUGCAGGGUUUGGACUGAAGCUGCAGGACACCAGCGCCCCCUGUCUGUGUGGAUGAAUGAGGCCGCUCUUUUAUAUGAACUCUACGGACUGUGUUUGUGUUGCAUUAUUACAGAAGGACUUUACAACUCAACAAUGCCACAUUUUGAAGCCCGUCUGCUUCGUUUCCUUGCAUAGAGAGUGAUAGGAAGAGGGAAGUAUGUAUUUUUAUUUAGAGUAGAUUGAUCUGUCUCUGUGUUUAAGGUCAUAUAUUUGUUUUGUUGUUUUUCUCUGACUGGUCGUGUUUUUUUUUUUAUAUACAUAUUAAACCAGUUUGUUUUUUGAGACUGUGGUUUCUGUGUAUAAUGUAUUUUGAUACAAAUGUUUUCAGAGGGAUCAAGAACAUCUCUGGAAUAAAUCAAUCUUGUACGGAUUUCUAAAGAUCAUUAGGUGAAAAACGGA